UUGGCGACGAGCUUAGUACUUUUUACAUACUACAUUUCACGCGGUUCGAUGGAGUUCCGGGGAUUGCUGGCCCUGGCUUAUAAGAACCAGCAGAAACGAGAUAAGGAGAUCAAACAACUCGAAGAACUUGCGAAAGUUAAAAAACAGGAGCGGUUCAAAGAGCUGGCCAGUGCAAGGUGUUCUGUACCUUCUGUUUGUUAUCCGGCUCGAGAGAAAAAGGAGGAUUCACCUAAGGUUGUCUCAAGAAUCACCCCCAGUGGUGAUUCAGCCCGCCCAUUGACUCUCUCAAAAGCUGAAUGUGGGAAAAAUGAGUGUCAAUCAAAUCCGUCCAAAAGGAUUUCGGUUUCGGUAAAAGGCGAAUUGGUAAAGAAACUGGAUACCGCAAGGGCGCCUGUUCCUGACUGUGCUCCCCGACCUAGUGAAACGACUUCCGUGAAUAAAAAGGCAACGAAAGUAAAACCGUCAUUUACUGAACUGCUUGAACUGGCCAAGAAGAAUGUUGGGACACAACAGAUCAAACGGAAAGCCUUUGACGAUCUCAUACCUUGUUCUGCAGACCCUGGUUACCGAUCUUCGGACAACUCCGUAAAAAGUGAUCCAAAGGGUGUAUCCUAUGACCCGAAACAGCCCGCCGCUGAACCACUGAGCAAGCAUCCCACAUCUCGACCUCCAUUUGUACAAAAAUGUUCAGAUACGGAUUACCCUAACCGUAUAUCCUUGCCAUCCGGCACGGCCGAAUGCAAUAGUACGGUGGUCCCUCCCCCGGCUAAGACGCUAAGCAAAGUUCGAGGGCAAUUGCAGAAACGCCCUUCUCACCCCACAAGCCCCAACUCCUCAGACCGAGUAGUACAAGCCAAAAAGCCUCAGAAACCGACUAGUAUGUCAUCCAGAAGCGCCAUUGCGAUGCAGCUAGGUUCAAAUAUACCACGUACCGGAUUGACCGAGCCGCGGGUUUCGUCUGAUCGCCAGAAAGUCGCCCCUGUCCCUUCAUCGAACACUAAGAAUCCCCGCUCUUCAUCGGUUCCCCUUACCUCUAAAAUGGUCAACUCCUCACAGACUCCAACUAUACAAAAACCCCAAAUGAGUACCAAAAAGUUGUCCGAUCACCAAACUUUGAAGCUCAACGCGACUAGUAACACUAACUCUCGGGAAGACCAGGCUAAGAGGCCUGUUACUGUAAAUAGCAUCAAGAAACCGAAUGGGGUUGUCGCUGUUGCCAGCCGGAGGGCGGUAUCUCCAAGCCCCUCUCUGAAGAGACCUCCAGCUUCUCGUCCAAUGCCUGUUUAUCCAGCUCGAGGGAUAGCUGCUCAGCUCGGGAUCAAACCACCUGGCACCCUUGAUGAAGGGGACUACAGUUACAGCGAAGAUGAUUACGAAAGCGACGAUAGUUUCAUCGAUGACAGCGAAGCAGUUGAAUCGAAAGAAUACGCACGUGUUAUCCGGGACGUUCAUAAAGCCUUGCGUUUUGACCCCCGUAAAUACAAAGAAGUAAAUCCCUUCGACGACCUUCGCAGCAUGGAAGCAAAUUACCGGGAAAUUGAGAAAGAAGAAAAACGCAGUGCUCGCAUUGCUGCUCAAGAAGAUGCCCUCGAGCUGGAAAGGGAUCUGGAACGGAAGAGACAGAAACUGAUGCUACGGAGUUAGCGUCGAACGAAUUCACUAAAGCAUGUCCUUUUUGGUUUUUGUGUCUGCCGCUGCGCUUUUGAGCUCGACCGCCUUCCCUCCAUUCCACACCCCGCCAGUCCUUUGCUUGUGAUGCUGUAUUGUGAUGUGUACCGAUGUCUUUCGCAGAACCUGCUUUUUUGCACCCCUUUUUGGUGGAUAAGAAGCAUUGUGACAACCUG